CCCCACGGCACUAUUCUAAGAAGGGAACAUUUGAAAUGAAACCUGUAGUUAAUGUAGAUUUAUUGAUGACGAGUGUCCCUUCCAGUCACCGUUUUGGGAUAGUUUUAUCUUUACCAUAAUUCAUGGCAAUAUGAUCCGAUAUGAGGAAAGGAAUCGGUAGUGAAUAAUUCCGCAAUGGACAGGAAUUACGCUGUGCACAGUGUUAGAUCUUUGUUGAGUUUUGCCUGGGUUUAGAUCCCCAGAGCGCGAAUCAAGUGAGUGAGUAUACUUUUUUUCCUCCCGGAUCCUGCGCUGUGUGUUCCUCUCCUCGUGUAUCUUAUCGAGGACUCAGCACAACACAUUGUGAAUCAAAUGGAAAUGACUUCUGGCGAUGUCUUAUAUUUCUGAGCUGUAUUUCUGGAUUCCACACAGUCAAUUGGUUAUGUACAAAUGGGGGGGAUUGUUCGUUGUUAAAAAUAGCCUGACACUUAAGAUGAGGUAGCGAGAUGAACAGGUUGCUGCUGACUGAAACUUACUGGGAGCAAAUGCAAAAAUAGCGUAUGCUUCACCCGCAUCCAACCUCUUGUUGGGUCGGUUCAUUUCUCUUUAAAUCUUCCAGGAAGAUUUGGACAGAAGAGCAAAUACCGCAUCAAGCAUUUACAGAUUCACAACAAAAAUAAUCGAACAUUAUUUUUGCCAUAUGUGUUAAAUUGAAUUCGUAAAAAAAACGUUGACUUUUCGAUAAGAAGACAACAGAGGAAUCUAGCAGCUGCUUGUUGAUGGCACUACGCGCUUGGAGGACUUGGUUUGGGCAGGUUUUGCGCAGAGUGUCUAGGCUGCAGGGCUCGUGGUCCCGGCGAUCGAGCAGUCUCCUGUGUCUCUCUGCGAACCCGGAGCAGGAUUUUGGGACCUGUUACAGGGAUCACACACAUAGCAGUCUCCACUACUGCUCUUCUGUCCAUCGCACCCACAGUCACCAACACGCGCCAGUCUGUCCCUCCUCUUUCAGCCGCUGCCAACGCUUUCCCGAUUGCUGCGCAGCCUUCCCGGGGGAUCGGAGGGGACAUGAGCCCCUCACUCGCCGGUUCCUGGUGGUCAUGAAGCGGCAGAACGUGCGGACAUUGUCCCUGAUCAUCUGCACGUUCACGUACCUGCUGGUCGGGGCCGCAGUGUUCGAUGCCCUGGAGUCAGACUUCGAGAUGCGGGAGAAAGAACAGCUGGAGGCAGAGGAGAAGCGUCUCCAAGGGAAAUACAACAUUAGCGAGGACGAUUACCGCAAACUGGAGACCAUCAUUAUGGAGGCCGAGCCCCACAGGGCCGGAGUUCAGUGGAAAUUUGCGGGAUCUUUUUACUUUGCCAUCACAGUCAUCACCACCAUAGGUUAUGGCCAUGCAGCUCCCGGCACAGACGCGGGGAAGGCCUUCUGCAUGUUCUAUGCCGUCCUGGGGAUACCCCUGACCCUGGUCAUGUUCCAGAGCCUGGGCGAGAGGAUGAACACCUUCGUCAAGUCCCUCCUGAAGCGCAUCAAGAAGUGCUGUGGCAUGCGCAUCACCGACGUUUCCAUGGAGAACAUGGUGACGGUGGGGUUCUUCUCCUGCAUCGGGACGCUGUGCAUCGGGGCGGCCGCCUUCUCCCACUACGAGGACUGGAGCUUCUUCCAGAGCUACUACUACUGCUUCAUCACACUGACUACCAUAGGUUUCGGGGACUUUGUGGCCCUGCAGAAGAACCGGGCCCUGCAGCGGAGGCCCCUGUACGUGGCCUUCAGCUUCAUGUACAUCCUGGUGGGCCUGACUGUCAUAGGAGCCUUCCUCAACCUGGUGGUGCUGAGGUUCCUGACCAUGAACAGUGAAGACGAGAGGCGGGACGCAGAGGAGAGGGCCUCGCUGGCGGGGAACAGAAACAGCAUGAUCAUCCACAUUCAGGAGGAGACGCUGGGGAGAGGAGGAGCUGCAGGGAGGAGGCGCAGGGAGACGCAGGGCCAGUUCUGCGCCGAGGUCAAUGAUGUGCCAUCUGUCUGCUCCUGCAUGAACUACCACUCACAUGAGUUUGGUAGCUGUGGGGGAGAGAUGGGAGUAGGGGGAGGGAUGGGGGGAGGAGGAGGAGGGAUAGAAUGUGCCUUUUCCCACCAGAACUCCUUUAGUUCCCAGUUGAACCCCCACCAGUACUUUCACUCGGUGUCGUACCGCAUCGAGGAGAUCUCUCCCAGCACCCUAAAGAACAGCUUCUUCCCCUCGCCCAUUAGCUCAGUCUCCCCAGGCCUCCACAGCUUCACAGACAAUCGGCGACUAAUGAAGAGAAGGAAAUCUAUCUGAGCCUAGUGCAUCAUAGUGUUUUGAACUAUAUGUUGCAUUUCAAUGUUUUUUCCUAAAUGGUAAAACGUUGAAAUGGAACAGAUCAUCAGACUGGGUUGGCUCAUCUACACAGACAACUCCUUGCUUUCCUUUUUUAUAUACAAGUACAAUGCAUCUCCAAUGUUGCUCAUAACCAAAUCUUAUUUUAGAACUUUUGUUUUGUUUCUUUUGGUUGGUAUAAAGAUAUAAUAUAUUGAAGUGAUUCAUAGGGAUUGAUAGAAGAGGAAGGAGCAUCGGAAAGAAAUGGAAAACCUUUUGGACAUGAAUUGUGUGUUUUUUUCUUGUGAGGGAUUCAACGCAUGAAGCAUGGAUACUUAUUUUUCCCAGGAAAUUGGCCCAUCUGAGAAAUACAAAUCAGAACCAUCAGAUGUUAUCACAACUUUCCUUAUUGCCAGCUCAUUCAAAUAGUAUAGGAUCUUGGUAACAAUGUACCAAAUGAUGCACACUUAGCAUUGUAAUGGAGAUAUGCUAUUUUUUUAAAGUGAGUAUGCCUGUUUCACCUUAACUUAAAAUGAUUGCAGUUAAGUGCUUUUGAAAUGACGUAAAAAGCAUCAGGUAUUAUUUUCUAUAAGCAAUUCUAUCUAGGAAAAAAAGUAAAAUGAUUUAUUUACAGAACAUCAUGCCAAAAUAUUGUUGCCAAUCUUAGCAUGUGCAUUAGAAGUCAUCAAAUGAGUGUUUCAUUUUUGUUUCUUUUUUUUAAAUAGCAGAUUUUGUAUUAUCAUGGUUUGUGUCUGUAGAUGUUUUCUUUCUGGAUUUCAGAUUGUGUAAAAUAUGAGGAUGAGAAAAGGAGUAACAAGGGUUUUAAGGCUUUCCAGUUUGAAAAAGUUGCUAUGUGCAUGUACUUUGUGAAACUGGUAUGCAUAUAGAUGUAUGGGGGAAAAUAAUAAUAACCUUGCAAUUUGAUUGAAUUUUGAUAGCAAAUAAUCAUAAUAAUGAUUUUAAAAUAUACUUAAUUGAUUUAGCCACUUAAAAGUAAUGAUGUAUAGUGUAGGCUAAACAGCUUUUUGUUUUUCCAUUUUUUUCCAUUCUGAAAAAUUGUACAAUAACCUUUGGUCUCAGGUUUUGAAUGGAUAGCCUCUUUAGGUUCUGGUCCCCGAAUCAAAUCCCAAAAGAUAUCCCGGAAAUCCGAAUGCACCUGCCAAACAAAACAAUACAUAUCAAUUUAUUUUUUAAAUAGUACACAUUUUCCAGGAAAAGGAUAUUGAGAUGCAUCAUCUUACUAAGUGAAGCUUCCUGUACUAUAGACCAGCGUGGGUUCAGAGCGCGCGCACACACAUACAGCUCUUCACUGUAUCGAGCCAUAGAGGAGCAGGCCAGGAUACUGUACCACUGCUAUUCUAUAACAAUGUUAAUGUUGAUGACAGGUGUAAUCCAAGAGUCCAAACUUCAAUUGUGUCACUAAGAAUAUAUACAUGCCUUCAGCCUACGAACACAAUGACAGGCAUUUGAGAUGUAUACAAUGAUGUUAUCCUUGGGUUUAAAUCAAAACAUUGAAAUUCAAUGACAGUCAAAUGGCAAUCAAUGGGUGAAAAAUUACGAGAUGAAGGAGCAAUGCAAUACUGGGCAUUGAUUCGUUAAGCACAAAAUGUGCCAAUUAAGUCGGCAACAGGGCAAAGGGAUAAAUGCCAUGGAUACCAUUAGGUAGAUUUCCAUUGACACAGGUUAAUUAAACAAAAUAAAUGUUGUAAAAAAAACGUUGCAAUGUGUCAUGAAAACGGCAGAUAUUUGAGACAUUUUUGUAAAAAUCAACAAAAAUGUUAUCCGUUUUACAGGAUAUUUCUUUUGUCUAACUUUCUUUGUUGCGGCAAAUGAUGAUGGAAAACACGUUUUUUUUAAUAAACAAUGAUUGCCGAAUAAUUUUGCAGGUACCCGGGGAAAGUGUUGUCAUCACGUAGGUUGACUUUAAAGGUCCACUUCACAAUUCUAAAUGCAUACUGCUUGCAACAUCUAUUUUAUAAAAAUCUAUAACAAUAAUGUUUCUUUGCAAGACAAGGAUUGUUCUGACUUUCAAGAAUGCCUGAAUUGCUUCACCUUGCUUUUAUGGUGGCUGGCAAGUUUUGCCAUCCAAUUAUUUCAGAUCUACAGGAGUGCACAGACCUAGGCGACAUGUUGGUACAUGAGAAUUAUUAUGGAAAAUAUUAGUCAAUUAUUGCAUUCUAGUAUCCAUGCUGACUUUUGCAGGCUACCUGAGACAUGAAAGAGAUAGGUGAGAGGGCAUACAGGCUGUUGCCAAUUUAUUAAUGCGGAAAUUGCCUAAAUGGGUAAUGGAAACAAUUCAACCAAUACAUUUUUAUUCAAGACCAACGUAAACUCACCCCAUUCCGUACAAAUGUGCGCAACCGCAACAUUCAAACGAGGCUACAAAGAAAACUAAUGGGACUGUAGUGACUGU